AUGGCCAUCGGCCUUGCUUGUGCUCUUCUCGGAGGUCCUUACGCUGCGAAAACAGGGACGAGUUCCAGACUCCGACUCCGGCCAAGACACGUUUUGAUGGCCUCCGACGCCUCUGACGGCGAGGGCCAGGUGCAAAUCUCGGAUGAGGACAUCGAGCUGCUUAGGCAGGUCCUUCCGGAAGUCAAGGAGCUGGUGGUGCUUCAGAAGGGCAACACUGGCCUCAUCAUGGAGUUGGCCAAGUCCAUGACCUCCAUCAAGGCGGCCAAGGGCGAUGUCCUUGCGGUGGAGGGGCAGCCGGACAGCCGCAUGCUCGUUAUCGCUGAGGGCGACGUCAGGUUGGAGCGACCUCAAAAGCCCAUGCCACGGGUGGCAGCGAGCCGUGGGAGUUACUUCGGCGCCGAGUGCUUGCUUGGCAACAGCCCACAUCGAAGUUCUGCCGUUGCGGAGAGCGACUGCCGACUCUUGCAGCUGGAUCGAACCUGCUUCGAUGCCGUUAUCAUGUCCCAGAAAGCAGACGAUGGUUUUGAUGAUGAUGAGGAGGACGACGAGGACGAAGAUGAAGACGGGGAUGGCGCUUCAUGUUUGCCGGGUGACAUGGUCGACAUCUUCAUCCUGUCAGACAGCACCGGCGAGUCAGCCAGUGCAUCCGUGCGAACUGCUGCCCAGCAGUUUCAGUAUUGCUCCGGGUCCACUUGCGCGGGCAGUCGAACGACGGUUUUCCGGUUCAUCAGAUCUCAGUCUGAGAUCCAGAAGAUUGUUGCGGAUGCCAGCUCGAAGAAGGCCGUGCUGGUGUACACGUUCAUGGAUCCCAAGCUGCAUCAAGUGGUCAUAGACGAGUGCAAGAACCACCAAGUCGAGGGAAUUGACUUGUGGGGUCCGCUUCUGGGCUCUCUGGAGCAGCGAUUUGGCGCCAAGCGCAGUGGCAUUUUCGGCCGGCACCAAGUCGUCACUGACGAGUACAUGACAAUUGUCAAGGCUAUCGAAUACACCCGGAAGGUGGACGAUGGGGUGCUGCCGAACCUUUGGGACGAAUGCGACAUCAUGCUGAUUGGACCAUCCCGGGCUGGCAAGACUCCCUUGUCCUUCUACUUGGCGCAGAGAGGGUUCAAGGUGGCCAACUACCCUUUGAUUCCGGAUGAAGAUCCACCAAAGGAGCUUUUCCAGAUCGAUCAGAUGAAAUGUUUUGCCUUGCAGAUCAAGCCAGAGCGGCUUCAAGCCAUUCGUACUCAGCGUAUGAAGCAGUUCAACCGAAAGAACACCGAGUAUGCGAACUUGAACAACAUCAAGAAGGAAGUGAGCUGGAUCAAGAACUUCUAUUUGCGUCGGGGACCGAAGUGGCCAAUCAUUGACACCAGCAAUGCAGGUGUUGCUGAGACUGCAUCGCGCAUUAUGGAAAUCAUGGACCGCCGGAAGGGUGACGCUUUGGCUGCUUCAUGUGAGUCUGCUCUGACCCUGUGA